AACUGAAGGCUCUCCCUCCCAUUCAACAAGUAAGCCUGCAGUGCGAGAGCGAAGUGCUCUACACAGCAAAAAUGCCAGUGUUGAUUUUUCAGUGUUAGUUGAAUUCAACAGAGUUCGGAGUCUGAUCAACACUUAAUCGAGUUAAAAUACCACAUCGGGAGUGGAUUCCUGAAAAGUGUUAGUGUGGAUUUUAGUUGUUACUGCAUUUUAACACUAUGAGUUUUAAAUUAGACCACACCCUCAUUUCCUGUGGAGCAGCGCAUUUCAGAAUCUUCUUCGGUCGCCAUCUUUUCUUGCUGCUGCGAUGUCAUCAUGUUGCUGAAAGUCAAGUACCAAAGUUCCAAGAAGUACAUACGGUUACAGCCAGGUUUCACAUACUUGGAGUUCAUCAGUGAAGUGAAAAACAAGUUUGGACUUCCUGAUGUUACCGAACUGCACAUUUUUGAUGAGACUGACACCGCGGUGGAGGAAGACAUCUUUCUUGAACUUAUAGAGGCCAAUCCUGACAUAUGCCUGACUGUAUGUGACAGUGCAGCAGGAGAUGCUCAUUCAACAUCAUCGUCCCUCACGGAUACCAUGUCUCUGUCCUCAAGUGACAGUGAUCUUCACAGAGAUUUGGGGAUCCCCGUUACUGGAAGUAGACUGAGCACUGGGGCCAAGAACAAGCCUACCACAGAAGUUUCAGAGUCAGAGGCUGCAAAAGAGAUGGUAGAAAAUGCAUUGCGCAUAAAACCUGGAGGUGAGGAUGUCUUGGAGGAGUACAAGUCUGAGAAAUCACUGCAGCAUCGCACGCGCAGGCAGCUUGUUAACAUACUAGCUAGUCACAUGACUGAGAUGCAUGGGAGGAUUCCUUCACGUAAGCAGAAAGAGAAGUAUGCCUUGGGAAUCAUUACACUUUUUCCUUCGCUGAAGGAUCCUUUUUCUCCAAAAGGCUAUGAGCACUUCUAUGAUGGAGAAAAAGGCACAGGAUAUUUAGCAUGGCGCCUCAAAACCAUGUCCAGGAGUAGAGAUCGGAGGCCAGAGAAGGUAGCCACAUCUCCUCAAGCGCAAGGACCAAACCGCAGAAGAUCAACAGUGACAGUGCCUCAACAGCUUGAUGGAGAUGCCUGCAGGGAGGCUGUAUCGUUUCUUCUUCACUGUAAUGAUGAGACAGUCAUCUUUGAAAAGAUGAAGAUGACCUUUCAACAUCGGCAGAACCUCGUGCAUGAUCCACAGAGAACGACAGAUGUCCUCAAAACCUUCCCACGAUUUUUAGACAUCAAGGGACUACUAAACCAAGACUUCCAACUGUUGUUUGGGGCUCAAACCGCAUCUAAGCUCCUUGAGAAGUGGGAAAUAGCGUUUAAACCCAAGAUUAUUGAUGAGGCCCGACAUCUGACUCGAUCAGCUGAGGUGCACCAACUUCUGAAAGCUGCUGAGAAACUUGCAACAAAUGAUGAAACCAACUGGGACAGUGAUAUGGCUUCUCUGCUGCUCCUCCUUCAUUUGUUGCCACCCACUGCUGGUCGGAAGAGGACAAAAAUUAGUCCAUGUGAUGCUGUGGACAAAAUGGUGCACUUUCAUAAGUCAAACUGCAGCAUUGAUGAACACCUGCGGAAACGAGAGGGAAAGCAGCCAUACAUCCUUGCUGUGGGCCGCACCCAAAACAACAUCCAUCAGUUCUACAUUGUCGUGGACAAGCACCUUAUCCCCUGCCAAGCCACCAGCUCCUUGGGUGCUUUUGAUGAAUUGUUUAAAUCUCACUACGUUUUCAACCUGUCCUAUGAUGAGUCCCUGGUCCAGCUCUACACAUUUGUGCAAACAGCAAUCUACAGCAUUGAUGCUACAACAACAAGUGGCUCUCCAAGGGUUUGUGAACUUCGGGCAAAGUUCUUCAACUAAGUUAGAAAAAUGUUCAAAUGUUUCAUCUGUCAAGCUGUACAUGCCGCUAGCCAGUUACUAAUAACUCACUUAAGACUUGACCAUAGUUUCUAUCCAAGCACCAGGUUUAAGUUGGUUUGUGCACAAGACCGCUGUAGGCGACAGUUUUCAACGUAUUCAGGUUUCAAAAAACAUUUGGUUGUUCAUGAAAAGGAAUUUUGUCAAAGUGUUGAUCCAGUAAAAUCAGCAUGUUUCACAGAUAACUGUUCAGGAGACAAUGCUGAAGAUGGAGAUACAAAUUCCAUGCAAAACCCAGAAACUAAUAGCUUUGAGAACAAGGGAUCUGGUCUUCAAAUCCAAAAUGUGAAACAUAUUUGUGCUUCAAUUAUUGGUAAACUGCAAGGAAGUGGUAUGGCAAAUAGUGUUGUUUCAUCAGUUGUUAAUGAUUUGGAAGAUCUUGCUACUGGUCUACAUGCUCAGGUAAAACAUGACAUUUUGGCUCAUUUCUCUAAGGAUGACCCUGUAAGAGCUACAUUAAACGAAAGCUUUGAAAAUUACGAAAACCCUUUAAUUAGCUUUAAUACCGAAACCAAAAGAAUGGCAUAUUUCAGAGAGAAAUGGGGCAUUGUGGAGCCAGUUGAAAUAAUGUUGGGAGUUCGAUUUGAUACAAGGAGAAAUAAAUUAACAGGCACCUAUGAUCAAGUUCCAGUUAAAGAAACAUUUAUUUACAUUCCAAUUUUGGAAACGAUUAAAUUUAUGUGUCGUAAUGCGGAAAUUUGUCAGUUGCUUAGAGAGCCACAUUUAUCAAAAACGAACACAUUUGAAGACUUUUGUGAUGGAAGCUAUUAUAAGACACAUCCCUUGUUCUCUAAAGAUCAAAGUUCUUUACAAAUUCAGUUGUACUAUGAUGACUUUGAAACUGCAAACCCUUUAGGUUCAAAACGCACUGUCCAUAAAGUAGGUGCUCUGUAUUUUGUCCUUAGAAAUCUGCCACCUAAGUUCAACUCUGCUCUUAUGAAUAUUCAUCUGGUAGCAUUGUUUCAUACUGAAGACAUGAAAAAAUAUGGAUUUGAUCCAAUUCUACAACCUCUUAUUAAUGACAUCAAAAUACUGGAGUGCUUUGGCCUUGAUUUACCAUUCUCCUCUGAAAAAGUUUAUGGCACUAUAUGUCAGAUAACCAGAGAUAACCUGGGGAUGCACACCAUUCUGGGUUUUACGGAGUCUUUUAGUGCACGACAUUUCUGCCGUUUGUGUUUGGUUGACAAAGAUGAUGCCCAGAAUGUUUAUGAUGAAGAUGACCCUAAGAUAAUCUUGCGUGGAAAGGAUCUUUUUGAAAUGCAUUGCAAUGAGUUGCAGUCAGAACCACAGAAGUUAUCAGUGUUUGGCUUAAAGCACAAUUCAACAUUAAAUAACCUACAGUUCUUUCAUGUUUGUCACAAUUUCUCUUUGGACAUAAUGCACGACAUUCUCGAAGGGGUGGCUCAGUAUGAGAUAAAGUUACUGAUGGAGUAUCUUUCUGAAAAUGUUUUGUCAAAAAAUGAUCUGCUUUCAAGAGUUUACGCUUUUGAUUACGGGUAUUUGGAGCGCAAAAAUCGUCCUACAAGGAUUAACCUGGACAGCAGUGGUAAUAGCAUAGGGCUCAAUUCCAUGCAGACUCUUUGCCUUGUAAGAAACCUUCCACUCAUUUUUGGUGAUCUUCUGCCUGAGGGAAACCCAAACUGGACUUUGCUGUUGCUUUUAUUACAGAUCAUUAACAUAAUAUUUUCUCCUUCUCUUACAUUAGGCAUGACUAUACAUUUGAAGCAUUUGAUAAUAGAACAUCAUGUUUUGUUUAAACAGUUGUAUCCAAAUAGGAACCUCAUCCCAAAACAUCACUUUAUGAUACACUAUCCUUCCUGCAUAAGAAAAAUUGGGCCUCUGAUACAUAUGUGGAGCAUGCGAUUUGAGGCUAAACAUAAGGUUUUCAAAAAUACUGUAAAAAACUUCAAAAAUGUUACAAAGUCACUUGCAAGAAAACAUCAAAUCUUCAUAGGAUACCACUGGGAGACGUCACCUUUAAACCAUUUGGACCCUUAAAAUCAUUUAAUUUGGACCGUGAGGACAAUACACAGAUGUUUGCAAGAGCACUGCAUGCUGCACCGAGAGACUUAUUUUCUUCUAGCUGGAUCAAAUUUUCUGGAACAGAGUACAGAAAAGGACUAAUCAUUUGCAUUAAUGUUGAAAAUGAAAUGCCUGUAUUUGGUAGAAUAACAACGAUCCUCUUAGCUGACAGUACUACGUUCUUCCUUGUGGACAAACUUCUGGUUGAUAACUUCAAUGAGCAUUUUCAUGCCUACAGAGUGUUUGAGACUGAUGAAAAGGAUGUUAUAAAAGCAGACAAUCUUAUCAUUUACAAACCCUUUGACCUGCAACAUGCACAUACUGGUGUUGACUGUUUAUAUGUUGUUCCUUUAUUUUAUUUGUAGUUGUAUUAAGGCAGCAAAUUGGUGGCCAGUUUGUAUUGGUGCUUGGAACACUUCCUUUGGAAUAAAAUGUUUAUU